GAAUCCUAAAUUCAUUGUUUCUGCAUAUCUAACGUAGAACUGACUAUCUGUCAACAAUGAGCGGAAGAGGCAAAACCGGUGGCAAAGCGAGAGCGAAGGCCAAGACUCGCUCCUCCAGAGCAGGGCUGCAAUUCCCCGUCGGCCGUGUUCACAGACUUCUCCGUAAGGGGAAUUACGCAGAGCGCGUCGGUGCCGGAGCUCCCGUCUAUCUGGCGGCUGUGCUCGAGUAUCUGACCGCUGAGAUCCUGGAGUUGGCUGGAAACGCCGCGAGAGACAACAAGAAGACCCGAAUCAUUCCCCGUCACCUGCAGCUGGCGGUGCGCAAUGACGAGGAGCUCAACAAACUCCUGGGGCGAGUGACCAUCGCUCAGGGCGGCGUGCUGCCCAACAUCCAGGCCGUGCUGCUGCCCAAGAAGACCGAGAAACCCGCCAAAGCCAAGUAAACCGAGUCCGCUCUGUUUCUCAAACACAAAGGCUCUUUUAAGAGCCACCCAUUUUAUCAAUAGAAGAACGUUUUUCUGACAUACGAUUCGGUUCAUAGAGACGAUCGGUCAAUAAACAUAUGCAAGUAGAUUUGCACCACAUCAACUAAACUAGACAAUUGUACUUUAAGUACAACUAAUUAAAAACGUAAACACUUCAGACAGACAAACCAGUCUUUAUUUGGUAAGAGUAAGCAAAAACUAUUUGCUGUGGUCACAUGAAUACAUAAAAGAAAAGAUAGAAAAAAUUGAAAUAAAAAAAAAAAAUAUACACUUAAGACCAGUAAGCUAGUUUUGCACAUGCAACUGUAGAAAGUAUGUUGUGAGGGAACAAUUAAAAUAAUCCAUUAUAUUCUUAUUUACACCAUAUAUUAACUGAUAUAUUGCUCCCAUAUUAUGAAAUGCUAUGUUCACAUGUGAGGCCUGCUGGGUCUGAGUACAAGGAAAUAUCACCAUGACCUGCUUUAUGAGGAAUAUUAUGUGAGUAAUGAGACCCAUCAAGUGUUUAUCACACAUGAGGUAUAAUAUGGUGUUCGAGACAUGGGAAGAGUGUAACAGUAGAGAUGUGUGCUCACUUGUUUUUGUCACUCACAGCGGAGAUAACUGCUGUAUUGUCUGACCUUCUUGCAAGAAAACAAAAUAUACAUAAAAUACUGUAUUUGAUCAUGUUUUUGAUUUAAGAAGAACAAUUAUAUUACAAUAUAUUUACUAUUGCCUUUCUCUUUGAUUAUUCUCUCUCUUUCUAGCUUGAACUUAUUUGAACAAUCCCUACAACUUGGUGCUCCAAGCACUUGCCGUGUCUGUUUGCCUCUUUAAGAAGAAUCGCUUUAUGUAUCC